AGUGUCCUCCGCCUGCUUUUCUGCUUGUGUUCUUGCAAGAGGAUGUGAGUCGGUAAAUUUACCGUCUUCAGCGUCAAACUCACAACCAAAAACUCCUUGGUUUCUCUUCUGUUUGAUAUUCGUUGUUGGUAACAAUAAAUCUUUCCUUCUGUGUUUGUGUGCGCCAACGUGCAUUCUGCUCCCUGCACGCGUACCCUCUUCCCUCUGCUUUCCGCUGUUUACACGUUUGCGUACGUCGAAGUGACGUCCUCACGUACUUUCUUUGUUGCCUUUCUAUUUUUUUAAUAUUUGUACUGAUAUUGCCGCUUUCUCGGUUCACAUCUUUUACUCCGUCGUUUUAUCUCGUAUUGGAAAUAUCUAUUUUUAGUGCGUGAUUGUUUUUUGUUAGUAGUACUCAGCUUGCCGCUUGCUUUAUGUUCAGCAGCUUUGAGUCAGGACUUUGUCCUCAAAAGUGGUCCUCUCAUUCACUUGCUGUGCUUUGCGAUCGUACCAAGAGCAGAAAUAACUGUUGACAACGUUUUAGCGCGAUACUGAUUUCAUCAGCUGCGGCUGUCUUUCCUUCUUCUUUGCAGGCUUCAACACUUUCGGUGGACUUUAAAGUGCUUGGGUCUUUGUUGCCUCUUCAUUCGUGUAAACGAAAAACUAAAUUUAAAAAAACCAGAGCAGAAGGAGUCACAAUGGCAAAUCUCUGUGUGGGCCAAGACUUUAGUGAGGAGCUCACCUGCGCCGUGUGCCUAGACUCGUGGAAGGAGCCGAUUGAGCUCUCCCCGUGUGGGCACAUCUUCUGCAGGGAAUGUGCGGUAGGCUUGAAGGAAUGCCCGGUGUGCCGCAAGAAGAUUGAAUCUUCCAACCAGCCGAACCGCACGCUGGUGAACAUGGCGCUGCAGAUUCCUGUGAAGUGCAUGCGCUGUGGGUGGCAGGGGACGCGCGAGCAAGGGAUGCGUCACGAAUGCGGUAGCGGCUCUGCCCAACCAACGCGAUUGUCAUCCAUCAGGCCUCCACAGCCGGCCCAGGAGCCGCCGCAGCAUCCGUCGGCGACAAGCACAUCCAGUCCCUACGCUCCCUACACUUAUCAGUCGAACCAACAGAAUUCCAGUGGUGGGUAUUCUGCCUAUCCUCCGGAUCCGCCGAACGCCUCGAACAAUUUGUGGCAAAGCGGUGCGCCAACGCAGUCACGGCCGCAGCAGAAUAACUACCAGGGAGGCUACCAAGGUGGUUAUUCGCCUUCCUAUCCCGGCGCGGCCCCAUCGUUGUCCAACAACUACUCGUCAAGCUACUCGCCGAACCCCGCCAAUUCUGGUGGUUAUCAAGGCUACCCGGGAUACCCAGGGUACCCAGGCUAUCUCCCACAGCCACCGCAGCCGCCACAAACGCGUCGUAGAAUGAGGAAGUAUGAAGUGAUUGAGCCAACGGGAAAUUACCCGUGGACGCUUUACGGUCUGGGACAGAAUGAGUACGACCAAAUUGUGUCGCUGUUCGUCUUCUUCGACGACGAUGAUAGCGGCUCCUUGGACAGAAACGAGGUGGCUCGCCUGGCGCGUUGGCUGAACUUUGCGAACACGCCGCAGGAUGUGCAGCGCAUCUUUGACGACAUGGACGCGGACCACAGUGGUAGCCUGUCACUGGGCGAGUUCCUUAGCUGGCUGCGAUACAACAAGCCCAACCCGCAGGCGUUGUACGGGCUGACGCAGUCGCAAUACAACACCAUCAUGAUGCAGUUUCACACCUACGAUACGAACCAGGACGGGUGCCUCGAGAUGAACGAGUUCACGCGGCUAGUGUUGAAUCUGCGGGAUGUCAGGGACGAGGCAACGGCACGGCGUCUCUUCCAGAUGAUUGACCUGGAUCGUGACGGAGAAAUCAACCUGCACGAGUUCCUAACGUUCCGCGCGGGCAAAGGUUGA